AUGGAGUUGGGUGCACACGCUGAAACGGAGCUGCAAUACUGCUAUCCGUCGGUGAACGGCUCGUGCGUGAGGGGGUCCUACAGCCUGGCCACGCAGCUGGUCCUGCACGCGCUGCUCUGGGGCGCCAUGGCGACCACCGUGCUGGGGAACCUGGUGGUCAUGGUGUCCAUCGUGCACUUCAGAUGCCUGCACACGCCCACCAACAUGCUGGUCAUGUCCCUGGCCCUGGCAGACCUGCUGCUGGGGGUCACCGUCAUGCCCUUCAGCAUCACACGCUCCGUGGACGGAUGCUGGUACUACGGCGACGCCUUCUGCCUGCUGCACUCGAGCUUCGACAUGUUCCUGACGUCGGUCUCCAUCUUCCACCUCAUCUUCAUUGCCGUGGACCGGCACCAGGCCGUGUGCAACCCUCUGCUGUACCCCAGCCGGGUGACGCUGCCCGUGGCCUGGCUCAUGAUCGCGGUGAGCUGGUGCGUGGCGGCCGCCUACUCCUUCAGCCUGCUGUACACCAGGGCAAACGUGAGGGGCCUGGACGACUUCCUCAGGUCCAUAUACUGCGUCGGCAGCUGCAACCUGCUGUUCAACGCCUUGUGGGGGGCGCUAGACACGCUCAUAGCCUUCUUCCUGCCUUGCUCCGUUAUGGUCGGCUUGUAUGCAAAGAUAUUCUCCGUGGCCAAGGUGCAGGCGAGGAAAAUAGAGGAUGUGAGCCGAGGGCACGCCAGCGUCAAGUUGUCGAGUAAUAACGCAAAGGAGCACAAAGCGGCGAAGACGCUGGGUAUUGUGGUGGGGGCGUUUAUCUGUUGUUGGAUGCCCUUCUUUGUCAAUUCCAUUGUCGACCCUUACACUAAUUUCUCCACCCCGGCUAUACUUUUUGAGAUUUUCACCUGGCUAGGGUAUUUUAAUUCCACCUUAAAUCCAAUAAUAUAUGGACUGUUUUACCCCUGGUUUAGGAAAACAUUGUAUUUAAUUGUCACACUGAAAAUAUUUAGUCCGCAUUCGUCUGACACCAAUCUAUUUGUUUCUUAAUGCGGUCUUACAGGCUUUAUGAUGUAGAAUUAGGAGUGACAUAGUAUCUGAGGUGGGCAAAUCUAUACCUAUUUCUUAACCCCUUUCUGCAGAGAUAAGGGACACACACACACACACACACACAGACACAC